AUGACAGACGAAGAGAAUGAUGACGAACUUAUCGAUAUGCUCAACGAAGCUCCUGAUGCCUGCCCUCCGAAUUUUUUUGAAAGAGACCCAACAAAAGAUUCAACUACUGUGAGAACAAUGCAUUUCGCCUUGAGAAGUAUUGUAGGCCAGCUUCGUUCUCCAAUAAACACAGAAGCGGAGGCAGUCAUAAAUUGGCUCGUUUACAAACAAGGUGGACCACAUCGUCAUCAGAAGUUUUUCGGAUUCUUUCGUCAAAUGAAUAGGCUUGUCAGGAAGUAUAACGAUAUGACGCUGAUCAAAAAGUUGAAUCCAGUAUUGAGAAAAGCGGAAAAUUGUGGUGAUGACCUUUAUAAACUGGAGGAAGCGGCUAUUCGAUACAUGGGAUGCUCAUACCUAAAGAAGUUGUAUCUUCUGGAAAGAAUUAGCGAAAGUUGUCUAAAAUGUGCUGAUGGAGUAGUUGGAUUGCUGGAGCUGGAACAUUGGAUUAAUCUGUCACUUGUUAUUUUUGCACUAUGCUCUCAAGUGCAUUCUGAAGUGAUCACACAGAUGCUUGCGAUGGAGAAAGUCUUCAAAAUGACAAGCAAAGUAUUCAGAGAUGUUGAUUCUCGAUUUCCGGAGUCGCUGGAAAAUCUGAAAGUAGUGGAGAAGGUGAAGAGACAAUCUCGUGUUUUUGAGGAGAGGAACAAUGAGAAGACUGAUCUCUCAGCGAUCAGUCGGCUUCUGAAAUUUAGCUCGGAGAAAAUAAAAGAGGCACAAACAGAAAAUGAUUGGAGAAUGAAGGUAACCAAAGUUCUCAACGAAGAGCUAACUGCCGAAAUUACAACAACUACAGCUAUAGCCACCCCAAAAGCUACAAAGGUCUCAGCCCAGUUGGAUAUGUCGGAUCUCGGAAUUUCAAUUUCUCGAGAUGACGCGAGCUUUCUCAAUUCAACAAUUCAAUCUACAUCCACUUCAGUUUUAUUCCAAAGUGAUGAAGAUGAUGACAGCUUUCUGAUGUCUCCAAACUUGUUUGUUCCAAAGAGUCUGAAAAAGAAAACGAAGAAAAGAAAGUCUGAGAAUCCAAGUGCCAAAAGCUUCCUAUCGUCAACAUUGGAUCUGUUCAGUGGUGAUAAAAAAAAGAAGAAAAAGAUCAAGUGA